AUGCCUUCUUCUUCUUCUUCUUCUUCUUCUUUUAUCUUUGAUAACAAAUCCAAAGCAUUCAUACUAAUAGCUGUCAUUGUAUUAUUUGUAUUAUAUAAUUUCUCUUCAUCUUCCUCUCCUCCUCCUACUACUAUUGUUACUACUUCUUCUUCUUCUUCUACUCCUACCAGUAAUAAUCAAGAUAAAAUGUCAUUAAAAGCUGUCUGUGUUUUACAAGGUGAAGCCGUCAAGGGUGUAGUUAGAUUCACUCAAGAUGGAAAGGAUGCUCCAGUCUCUGUUGAAUAUGAAGUCACUGGUCUCAAGGAAGGUGACCAUGGUUUCCAUGUCCAUCAAUUUGGUGAUACCACCAAUGGUUGUUUGUCAGCUGGUCCACAUUUCAACCCACACAAGAAGAACCAUGGUGCUCCAACUGAUGAUGAACGUCAUGUUGGUGAUUUAGGUAACAUCAAGGCUGGUGCUGAUGGAGUUGCCAAGGGUACAAUCACUGAUAAGAUUAUCUCACUCUUUGGUGAGCACAGCAUCAUUGGUAGAACCAUGAUUGUUCAUGCCGAUGUUGAUGAUCUUGGCAAGGGUGGUCACAAGGACUCCCUCGUCACUGGUAACGCUGGUUCCAGAGUCAGCUGUGGUUUGAUUGGUCGUCAAUCUGAUCUCUAA